UCCAAAGUGAAUAAAUCAACACCAACAAACAAAAAAUCGAUGACCACAAUGAAUGAAUCAACAAUUGAAAUGAUUGUGUGGAAAACACGACAAACAUAUUGUACUGAUCGUACGAAAAAUGUUCAAUUUCGUAUUAAACAAUUGAAACAAUUACGAAAAUGUUUAACAGAAAAUUAUGACCAAUUUAUGGACGCUUUAUUGGCCGAUUUGGAUAAGUCCAAACCAGAAGCAACAAUUUCCGAAAUGCGUCCAUUGCUCAAUGAUAUUGAUUAUCAAUUGAAUAAUAUUUAUCACCAUACACGAUUACAAUAUACAAAAACUAAACAUAUGACGAAUAUUUUUGAUUCUACAUAUAUUAAAUAUGAACCAUUAGGUGUUGUAUUGAUUAUUAGUCCAUGGAAUUAUCCAUUGAUAUUGUCGAUACGUCCAUUGAUUGGUGCAAUUGUUGCCGGAAAUUGUGCCAUAUUGAAACCAUCAGAAUUAUCACCAAACACUGAAAGAUUGUUGACGGAAUUGACAAAAUAUUUAUUGCCAAAAAUAAAACCAAAUUUACAAUGUUAUCGUAUUGUUAUCGGUGAUGCUGAUGUAUCGACACGUUUGUUGGAAAAUCGUUUUGAUCUAAUAUUCUUUACCGGUUCACCAAUGAUUGGUAGAAUUGUUUAUAAUGCUGCUAGUAAAUUUCUAACACCUUGUGUAAUGGAAUUGGGCGGUAAAAAUCCAGUAUAUCUAGAUAAUAAUGUGACCGAUUUCAAUGAAUCAGCCAAACGAAUUCUUUGGGCAAAAUGUGUAAACAAAGGACAAACAUGUAUUGCACCGGAUUAUUUAAUAUGUACGAAAAAAGUUCAGGAUCGUUUCGUUAGAUUGAUACCAGAAUUUUUGCAACAAUUUUAUGGUUCAGAUGCAAGUAAAUCACCAUUUUAUGGCCGUAUUGUUAAUCGUAAAAAUUUUGAACAUUUAAAAAUACUUUUGGAAUCAACUAAAGAAAAAAUUGUCAUCGGUGGCCAUAUCGAUGUGAUGACUGGUUUUUUCCCCAUUACAAUAAUGGCUAAUGUUACAUUCAAUGAUCCAAUAAUGCAAAAAGAAAUAUUCGGACCAAUAUUACCGAUUGUCACUGUUGAUUCAUUAGAUGAAGCAUUGGCAUUGAUCAAACAGAAUGAAAAACCAUUGUCCAUAAAUGUUUUCACCAAUAAUGAUCAUGUAUUUGAAAGAUUUCAAAAUGGAAUAAGCGGUUCCAUUGUGAAGAAUGAUUUAUUUUUUAAUCUACUUGUCAAUGAAUUACCAUUCGGUGGUGUUGGUAAUUCAGGAUUCGGUAAUUAUUUUGGCCCAUAUUCAUUUCCAACAUUUUCACAUGCAAAAAGUGUCAUGAUAAAACGACAUAAUUUUAUCACCAAUAUUUUAAUGAAAAGACGUUAUCCACCACAUAGUGAUGCAAAUCUUCGGCUUUUUAAUUUUCUAUUGGCACGUAAUUUUAUCGAUGAUAUUGAUUUUUGCGCCACAUUCCGUUAUCUUCUGUCAUUCGUGAUUGGUGUGCUGAUCACAUUGUUGGUCGUAUAUUAUUCGGAUGAAAUUUUUUGACAAAAAAAAACCAAUUUCGACGAAAAAAAAAUGAAUAUGAAUCUUGUUUUUUUUUGUCAUCCAAAAUGGCUAAUAAAAAUUCAUGUUUUUUUUGCUUUGUUUUUGGUAUCCAAAAGAUUUACAGAAUCAAAUAAAUCAUUUGCCAUGUUUCAAAAAA